GAUCAAUUAUAUUUGUUAUCUGAUAAACCCAUUUAGCUUAGAAAAAUAAUAAAAUACUCAUUUUAGUGGACAGUGACCAGUUUUAUGAAUUCCAUUUCCAUCCAAAAACAUAUAUGCAAACAUACAUGCAUACAUAUGUAUGUAGCAAUAUAGGAUAUCAAAAUGCGGCACUUUCACAUGUGCUUUCUAUGUUUUAUGGCCCUCACGACGAUUUUUUACAUUUUUCACGAACGCCCAAAUUGGGACCAUACAGCAUCAUUUCAUCCAGACACUGGAACCAAUGCAGUGCGCCAUAAGAAAAACACCUUUCAUAUAGUUGCAGUCGCCUGUGGACAACGAGCACAAGAGACUCUAGUUAUGAUAAAGUCAGCUAUACUUUUUAAUUAUUAUCAGGAAUACUUAAAGUUCAUAAUAUUUACGGAAGCUCCAUUAACUGAGAUAAUAAAGGAGAAACUGACUGACUGGCGCGAUACACUUUCUCAACAAUUUGAAUAUGAACUGUUGCCAUUGAAAUUUCCUAAUCAAAGUGAGAGAGAAUGGAAAACUCUUUUUAAGCCUUGCGCCGCCCAACGCCUGUUCUUGCCGUCUUUAUUAAAGGAUGUCGAUUCGUUGUUAUACGUUGAUACAGAUAUAUUAUUUUUAUCUCCAAUUACCGAUAUUUGGAAAUAUUUUGGAAAAUUUAAUGAGACUCAAAUCGCCGCUCUAGCGCCCGAGCAUGAAAAUGAAAAUAUUGGAUGGUACAAUCGAUUUGCACGACAUCCAUUCUAUGGACGACUAGGUGUAAACUCUGGAGUUAUGCUUAUGAAUCUGACACGGAUGCGGCAAUUCAAUUGGGAACAACAUGUAUUUCCUAUUUAUAAAGAAUUCAAGUUACGAAUUACUUGGGGUGAUCAAGAUAUCAUAAAUAUACUUUUUUAUUAUCACCCUGACAAACUAUUUAUAAUUCCAUGUGAAUAUAACUAUCGUCCCGAUCACUGUAUGUAUAUGAGUAUUUGCAAUUCCUCUCAUUCAGGCAUAAAGUUAAUUCAUGGUAAUCGGGGAUAUUUCCAUUCUGAUAAGCAACCCUUAUUUAAAACAGUCUAUGCUGCUAUUGAAAGCUAUCAGUUUAGCUCUAAUGUAUACAGCGAUUUUCUGUUACCGCUUCGCACAGCAUUAAAUGCACAACCUGUUAACGAAUCUAGUUGUGGAAAAAUCUCAGGUGAUAUUCUCUUAGUGGCAAAUAGUCUUUUUGGUAGUACAUAUUAAAUAUGGAAUUUGUGCAAAUUCGCCUCAUCAAUUAAAAACCAUAAGCUACAACUUCUAUGACAACAAUCUCAUAAAAACUUGUAUAUUAUUAUCCACUAAUCACAGAUAGGCGAUACCUUUUAAUAGU